AUGAACUUCUCCCUAUGUGUACCUGCAAGGAUUUUGAAUGAGACCAUCUACUACAGAGAAUUGGUCAUUAAUACGACCUUCUCUUUGGAGAAACCUCCUUUGCAGAGCCUGCAAGAAUGGAUCAUCUACCCUCCAUCCUCCAAGACGAAGAUGUUCCUGAUACCACCAAUAGUUUGCCUUACAGCAGCCAUCCUAGUCAUCCCUUUCAUCUUGUUUGUGAUUUUUUCUCGUGACAACAUACGUCAGGAAACAAGGUACCUGCUGCUGGCCAAUGCUUUGCUUUGUGAUUUGAUCUAUCUGAUACUCUAUGCUGUGUCUGCCGUUUUCAGUGUGUCCAGCUUCAGUCUCUCCAAAAGCGCCUGCGUGAUCCUGCUGUUUUUGCUGGCAAUGACUUACUGUGGAGGGUUGUUAACAGCUGUAGCAAUGGUGCUGGACAUCUAUCUGGCCAUUUUGUGGCCUUUACAUUACAUAUCCAUUUUGCCUUCUUCACGAGCAAAAAAGCUGAUACUGCUCCUAUGGGUCUCCUCUGGCAUUUGCCCUGGAAUUAUCUUCUUAAUCCUAAAGGUCACUCAAAAACCCUCCACCUGUCCAGUGGAAAACUGUUCUGUGCCAAUAAUACUGGUCAUGACUUUACAAGGAGAUGAAGCCGUGAAAUUCUGCUAUGUACUUUCAAUCUCUGCCCUUCUUCUCUGUCUGUCCCUCAUCCUCUGUUGUUAUGUUAUCCUGUAUUUCAAAACAAAGCAGUCAGGAAUAUGGAAGAGCAUCUUCUCUAGAGCCAGUGUGACAUUCCUGAUGCACCAUAUUAUCUUGUUUUUUCAUUUCACUCCUCUGUUGGCUGCAGUGGUGGAGGCACUGCUUUAUGUCAAUGCUAUAAUUGGGCCACAGACAGGAGUAUGGGUUUCUCUGAUCAUCUGCAAUGUGCUGAUCAUUCUGCCCAAAGCUUUGUCACCUUACCUGUGUGGCCUUCGAUACCGUGAGAUAUCUUCCUCCCUCAAGUUCUUCCUCAGGUGGAAGAACACAACCGUGGUGUCUCCUGCUUUAUCGACUUGA